GCCUCCAGUUAAACAAAAAAGAAAGUUUAGUCUUUUUUGCGGGAUCCCUCGUGCGUUUUGAGGUGUGUUUGACGUCAGGUGAGUCAAACCGCUUCCGGACUCUACCAGUGUUCGCUGUUUGUGUCUGUAGCCUCUGUCUGUCUGACCCCCUUCCGACCCUCCAGGACGUGACCCCGAGUCUCUACCGGACCAGCAGCCAGGAUGUCGACCACGUCCCAGAAGCACCGGGACUUUGUCGGAGAGCCGAUGGGGGACAAGUCGGUGACGGCUCUGUCGGGUAUCGGAGAGAUUCUGGGGAAAAAGCUGGAGGAGCAGGGCUUCGACAAGGCCUACGUGGUUCUGGGUCAGUUCCUGUUGUUGAAGAAAGACACUGAGAUGUUCACCGAGUGGCUCAGAGACGCCAGCGGAGCAAACUCCCGCCAGGCCAAAUCCUGCGCUCAGUGCCUGAGGGAGUGGUGUGACGCCUUCCUCUGAGACUCCACCUCCUGCUCACCUGUGGCCCCACCCCUUCCCGUUCUUUCUCAGCUCACUCGCUUCCUGCUUCUGAGGCUAAUCCAUGAUAAAGCCUCUCUGUUGCUGCUGCUGUCGUAAAAUGUUUUUCAGGUGAAUUUCCAGCCUCCUGCAGUUCCACCUGGACAACGGUGAAGUGACGUCAACCCGACGUUUACCUGUUUACCUGUUUGAUGAGCUUGUUUCACUGGGGAAAGUUUACAUAAAUAAAAGCUUUGUGUCUCAAGUUUG